AGGCCUGUCGACGUCCAAGCAGCGCCAGCUGCUGCUGAUCGCCGUACGCACGCGCCCGCAUACAGAGGAAAAAUCUCGCAGAAGCACUGGAUAUUUCCAACCUUCCUCACACUCGCGAUCCAGCCGGCCAUACAUCUUAUUGUUUGCCUGACAUGGGCCUUCCUGCCGACUUCGACGAUAGACAGAUACAUUUAGAGUCCGAGGCAGACGCCUACCAUCCCUAUGAAUAUCAAACCGACAACAACAGCUCCUGGGCUGGCGCCCUGCCGGUGAAGCAGGGGCUGUACGACCCAAGCUUGGAGAAAGAUGCGUGCGGUGUCGGGUUUGCCUGCCAUAUCAAGGGAAAAGCGAGCCACAAAAUUGUUAGCGAUGCCCGCAACCUCCUUUGCAACAUGACCCACCGUGGCGCGGUGGGUUCUGAUGCUCGAGAUGGUGAUGGUGCUGGUGUUAUGACCUCGAUACCCCACAAGUUCUUCAUCAAGAAUUUUGAAAGAGAGGAAGGCAUUAAACUCCCCCCUCUGGGGCAGUAUGCGGUGGGGAAUCUUUUCUUUAAGCCGGACGAGGAGACGUUGCAGGAGUCGAAGCGGCAGUUGGAAGAUAUUGCCGAGUCGUUGGGGUUGAGAGUUCUGGGCUGGCGAUCACCUCCUGUAGACUCUACUCUCCUUGGCCCUGCUGCGUCCUCGCGCGAGCCCUUCAUCUUCCAGCCAUUUGUUGUCCUUGCGUCUGCGUAUGGCUCUGGGAAUGCCCCUGAAAUGACGGACCCAGAAAAAUUCGACGAACGGCUAUUCGAACGUCAGUUAUACGUCCUUCGAAAGCGUGCUACUCAUUCUAUCGGUCUUCAUAAUUGGUUCUAUCUUUGUUCCCUUUCAAACAAGAACAUUGUUUACAAGGGGCAGCUCGCGCCAGUUCAGGUCUAUCAGUACUAUCAUGAUCUGGUAAAUGCUGAUUAUGAGGCUCAUUUUGCCCUCGUACACUCUCGUUUCUCCACCAACACCUUCCCUUCCUGGGAUCGUGCCCAGCCGCUUCGAUGGGCGGCCCAUAACGGUGAGAUAAACACUCUCCGCGGAAACAAGAACUGGAUGCGCGCCCGAGAGGGUGUCAUGCAGUCCGACAUUUUUGGCGACGAGCUCGAGCACCUGUACCCCAUUGUGGAAGACGGCGGUUCCGACUCGGCGGCCUUCGACAAUGUUCUCGAACUCCUCACUAUUAAUGGCGUUCUUUCUUUGCCGGAAGCCGUCAUGCUGAUGGUUCCCGAGGCCUGGCAAGGUAACACUGCCAUGGACCCCAAGAAAGCGGCUUUCUACGAAUGGGCUGCGUGCCAGAUGGAGCCGUGGGAUGGCCCCGCACUCUUUACCUUUGCGGACGGCCGAUUCUGUGGCGCCAACCUGGACCGAAACGGUCUCCGCCCUUGUCGCUACUACAUCAUGGAUGAUGACCGCAUAAUCUGUGCCUCGGAGGUCGGUACUAUCCACGUCGACCCUGAGCGCGUUCUCCAAAAGGGGCGCCUCCAACCAGGCCGCAUGCUUCUGGUUGACACCCAGGCCGGCCGUUUGAUCGACGACUCGGAGCUUAAAUCGGCGGUCUCCAGCCGAAACGACUUCCGGUCGUGGAUAGACCAGGAGCUCAUCAGCUUGCCGAAGGUCCUCAGCCGAGUAUCCGAGAAACAGGCCGCAGACAUCGCGGCAAAGCCGGAUUCUACCCUGCUCCAGCAAGACCCCCGAUUGCUUGCAUUCGGGUAUACCUACGAGCAGGUCAGCCUGCUCCUUGCUCCCAUGGCUUCCGACGAGAAAGAGGCUCUGGGGUCUAUGGGCAACGAUGCUCCCUUAGCCUGUCUCUCCCAAAGCCCCCGCCUCCUCUAUGAAUACUUCCGUCAGCUCUUUGCCCAGGUGACCAACCCUCCCAUCGACCCGAUCCGAGAGUCGAUCGUCAUGUCUCUGGAGUGCUAUGUUGGUCCGCAAGGUAACUUGCUCGAGAUGGACUCUUCUCAAUGUGCCCGGCUACUGCUCCCAAGUCCGAUCCUUUCCAUUCCGGAGUUCAACGCGCUCACCCACAUAUCCCAAGUGCAUCCCGAAUGGACGGUGAAGACGAUUGAUCUCACCUUCCCCAAGUCCGAGGGCGUCGCUGGUUAUAUGAAGCAACUCGACUUCAUAUGCGACGAGGCCACGGCUGCUAUCGAGGCUAGGGAUAGGAUUAUCGUGCUCUCCGACCGGAAGACGUCCGCUGACCGCAUCGCCGUUUCGACACUUCUGGCUUCAGGUAUGGUUCACCAUCACCUGGUCAGCAACAAGUGGAGAUCCAUGGCGGCCAUUGUGCUCGAGACGGCCGAGGCUCGCGAGGUCCACCAUAUGUGCGUCCUGCUCGGUUACGGGGCGGAUGCUGUCAACCCCUAUCUUGCGAUGGAAUGCAUUCUCAAGCUCAACCGUGAGGGGUUGAUUCGACGGAAGCUUUCUGAUGAUGCCCUCAUCGCCAACUACAAGCACUCUUGCGACGGCGGUAUCCUCAAAGUCAUGAGCAAGAUGGGCAUUUCGACCCUCGCCAGUUACAAGGGCGCUCAAAUCUUUGAAGCGCUCGGCGUUGAUGAUGAAGUUGUCGAGAGGUGUUUCCGGGGAACGGCCUCCCGCAUCAAGGGUCUCACCUUCGAGCUUAUUGCCGAAGAUGCAUUCCGCUUCCACGAACGCGGAUUCCCGUCGCGCUACACCGUUAGCGUCCCUGGUCUCCCGGAGUCUGGCGAGUACCAUUGGCGUGAUGGCGGCGAGGCCCAUAUCAACGACCCAACUUCGAUUGCGAAUAUCCAGGACGCUGUCCGGACAAAGAAUGACAAAUCGUAUGAGGCCUAUUCUCGUUCGGAGUAUGAACAAAUCAAAGCUUGCACGUUGCGAGGCAUGCUAGACUUCAAAUUCGAGGAAACUAACCCGAUUCCCAUUGACCAAGUCGAGCCCUGGACUGAAAUUGUACGCCGCUUCUGCACCGGUGCCAUGUCUUACGGAUCGAUUUCCAUGGAGUCUCACUCCACUCUGGCUGUCGCCAUGAACCGGCUAGGCGGCAAAUCAAACACUGGCGAGGGUGGAGAGGACCCCGAACGAUCCCAAGUGAUGCCGAACGGCGAUACUAUGAGGUCCGCCAUCAAGCAAGUUGCGUCAGGGAGAUUCGGUGUUACUUCCGCAUAUCUUGCCGACUCCGACGAACUCCAGAUCAAGAUGGCCCAGGGUGCGAAGCCCGGCGAAGGUGGCGAGCUUCCCGGUCACAAGGUCUCCAAAUCUAUCGCCCGAACUCGCCACUCGACUCCCGGUGUUGGUCUCAUCUCGCCCCCGCCUCACCACGAUAUCUACUCCAUUGAGGAUUUGAAGCAGCUUAUCUACGACCUCAAAUGCUCAAGCCCCAGAUCCCGCGUCUCUGUCAAGCUCGUCUCCGAGACGGGCGUCGGUAUCGUUGCUUCGGGUGUCGCAAAAGCCAAGGCCGAUCACAUCCUGAUUUCCGGGCAUGACGGCGGCACCGGCGCUAGCAGAUGGACUGGGAUCAAAUACGCGGGCCUCCCCUGGGAGCUUGGCCUUGCGGAAACUCACCAGACACUGGUUUUGAACGACCUGCGUGGCCGAGUUGUCGUCCAGACCGACGGUCAACUCCGAACCGGACGAGACGUCGCCAUUGCCUGCCUGCUCGGUGCCGAAGAAUGGGGAUUUGCUACGACUCCCCUCAUCGCCAUGGGCUGCAUUAUGAUGAGGAAGUGCCACCUGAAUACUUGCCCGGUCGGUAUCGCGACUCAGGACCCCGAGCUUCGCAAGAAGUUCAAAGGUACACCUGAGCAUGUGAUCAACUUUUUCUACUAUGUCGCCAACGAGCUCCGAGCUAUCAUGGCCCAGCUUGGUUUCCGGACGAUCAAUGAAAUGGUUGGCCACGUCGAGUGCCUCAAGGUCCGAGAUGAUCUCCGGACCAACAAGACCGCCAACAUUGAUCUCUCGCUCAUCCUUACUCCAGCCCACAAGCUUCGACCCGGCGUGGCGACGUUCAACGUUCGAAAGCAGGAUCACCGUCUCUACGUCCGCCUCGAUAAUAAGCUUAUUUCGGAGGCUGAGUUGACGCUGGAUAAAGGGCUUCCGUCGCGAAUCGAGUGCGACAUCGUCAACACGGACCGAGCCAUGGGUACGUCUCUAUCUUACCACAUUUCCAAGCGGUAUGGUGAGGCUGGUCUUCCGAUGGAUACCGUGCAUGUCAACAUUAAGGGUUCGGCCGGGCAGUCUUUCGGCGCGUUCCUCGCGCCCGGCGUCACGUUGGAAUUAGAAGGCGACGCCAACGAUUACGUCGGGAAAGGACUAUCCGGCGGUCGAUUGAUCAUCUACCCCCCGCGCUCGGCAGUGUUCAAGGCGGAGGAGAACGUUCUGGUCGGUAACGUUUGCCUGUACGGAGCCACCAACGGUACCUGCUUCUUCAGAGGUGUCGCUGCAGAGCGAUUUGCCGUCCGAAACUCUGGUGCCACCGCCGUCGUCGAAGGGGUUGGUGACCAUGGUUGUGAGUAUAUGACUGGCGGCCGCGUCGUGAUUCUGGGGAGCACCGGGCGCAACUUUGCUGCGGGUAUGUCGGGUGGUAUCGCCUACGUUCUCGAUAUCCAGGGCAAUUUCCUGUCGAAGCUCAAUAUGGAGAUGGUUGAAGCUUCCGAGGUUACGGAUCCGGCCGAAAUCGCAUUCCUACGUGGCUUGGUCGAGGACCACCAUCACUACACCGGCUCUGAACUGGCUGCUCGCAUCCUGGUAGACUUUAACAGAGCACUACCACGAUUCGUCAAGGUUCUACCCGUAGAUUACAAGAGAGUCCUCGAGGAGGAGGCCGCCAAGGCGGUUGAGGCUAAGCGCGCAGAAUACAACCUCCCUACUAUAUCGGGCGUUCAGGCAAAGAAGGGAGAGAAAGCGGCCAAGCUAGCGGACAUUGAAGAGACUGUCGGCGACAACGCGGCUGACAAGAAGCGCGCUCUGGUCCUAGACAAGACCAAGGGCUUCAUGAAAUACCAGCGACGCUCGGAGAAGUAUCGCAGCGUCAAGACUAGAACUAAGGAUUGGGCCGAGCUCUCCCAGAGACUCAACGAGGAUGAGUUGAAGUAUCAGUCAGCCAGAUGCAUGGACUGUGGUGUUCCGUUUUGUCAAUCCGAGACGGGAUGCCCGAUCUCCAACAUCAUUCCUAAGUGGAACGAAUUGGUAUUCCAGAAUCAAUGGCAGGAUGCUCUCAACCGUCUGCUCAUGACGAACAACUUCCCCGAGUUCACUGGUCGGGUGUGCCCCGCCCCUUGCGAAGGUGCCUGCGUACUCGGCAUCAACGAGGACCCGGUUGGCAUCAAAUCCAUCGAGUGCGCCAUCAUCGACCGUGGCUUUGAAAUGGGUUGGAUGGUCCCCCGACCGCCCAAGGUCCGAACGGGCAAGACGGUUGCUAUCAUCGGCUCGGGUCCCUCCGGCCUCGCCUGUGCCGAUCAGUUGAACAGAGCCGGGCAUAGCGUCACCGUUUAUGAGCGCGCUGAUCGUCCGGGCGGCCUCCUCAUGUACGGAAUUCCCAACAUGAAACUCGACAAGCGCGUCGUCAAGCGGAGAACGGAUUUCAUGGCCGCCGAAGGCGUGCAAUUCAAGACCGGUGUCACUAUCGGAGAGGAAAUUACACUCACGGACCUCAAGGCCCAGAAUGACGCCGUCGUCAUCGCCACUGGCGCUACUGUUGCUCGAGAUCUUCCGAUUAAGGGUCGGAACCUGGAGGGCAUACACUUCGCCAUGGAAUUUUUGCACAAGAACACCAAAUCUCUGCUUGACUCGGAGCUCGCCGACGGCGCUUACCUCUCCGCCAAGGGCAAGCACGUCGUGGUGAUCGGAGGCGGCGACACUGGCAACGAUUGCAUCGGCACCUCAGUGCGUCAUGGUGCGAAGUCGGUUAUCAACUUCGAGCUCCUCCCACAACCUCCUCCGCACCGUGGUCGCGACAACCCGUGGCCGCAGUGGCCGCGAAUCUACCGCGUCGACUACGGCCACAAUGAGGUAGCGCAGCACAUGGGCAAGGAUCCCCGCGAGUACUGCAUCAUGUCCGAGGAGUUCGUCGACGACGGCAACGGACACGUCAAGGGGAUCAACACUAUUCGCGUCGAGUGGACCAAGUCCUCGACCGGCGGCUGGGAUAUGAAGAAGCUCGAGGAUACCAAGCAGUUCUUCCCCGCCGACCUCGUCCUCCUUUCCAUGGGAUUCCUCGGCCCGGAGGCGCGGGUACUCGGCGACGAGAUCGAGAAGGACGCGCGAAAGAACGUCAAGACGCCGACUGGCUCGUACGCAACCAAUAUCGAAGGCAUCUUCGCCGCUGGUGACUGCCGCCGCGGCCAGUCGCUGAUUGUUUGGUAAGCGGAAUGGUGUGUCAUGCCUGAGCUAGGGCGGUAGCUAACUGUGUGCUCCAGGGGUAUCAACGAAGGACGACAGGCUGCUCGUGAGGUAGAUCUAUACCUCCAACAUUACACCAGC